AUGUACCGGCUUGAACCUCAAGACCCAGCUAACUGCACGGCUCUAUAUAACUCACCUCUCUACUCAAACCUUUUACUCCCUUCCAAUCCUCUCUAUACGGAGUCCAUACAUUCUCACUACGCUGUUAAUGCCCGUCUAUAUCCUGCUUGCAUUUUCAACCACGCUCUGCAGAUGAAGUUUCGCAGGCUGAAGAUGACGGUUCACCGCAAUGCCAAUUCGCAGUUCGAAGUGGUGGACAUACAACAUGGGCUGGGGCAGCAGGAAUCCAAGAUGGGGUAA